AGCCAUAGAGACACUGGGAAUCACUCGUCUGAGGUGGCGUCAUGUUAUUGGUUCUUUUACUUGGAUCCGCCCUUGGAUGGCCGCCACGUCAUAUUCGUGGUAUACAAGUAAAUGCAUUCUAGGUUGAGAAUCUCGGGGUAAAAGGAAAGAGAAUAUAACGGAUAAUAAUAUGUACAUAGCAGGAAAGAAUAAGCCCAAUCUCCGUGCCGUGCUCCGCCGGGCCAACUUCGCUCGCUCGCUCGGAGCCACAAGCGCCUGGCUUGAACCAGGGGCAGGAGCCAGGAGGGGAGGAGCUGCUUGUUUCGGCCAGGUGAUUCUACAGUCUCGCCGGACCAUCUUACCAUCCGUGGGGAGGGUAAGGAGAAAGGAAGAGGCGGCGGCGAUGGAGACGGUGGCGGUGGUGUGGACGGCCGCGGUGGCGGCGGCGGGGCUGAUCUACUGGUUCGUGUGGGUGAUGGGGUCGGCGGAGGUGAAGGGGAAGCGGGCGGUGGAUCUGAAGAUGGGAUCGAUUACGCGGGACAAGGUCCAGGACAAGUACAAGCAGUACUGGUCCUUCUUCAGGCGCCCCAAGGAGACCGCCGUGGCGUCGUCGGAGAAUGUCCCGGCCUUCGUCGACACCUUCUACAACCUGGUGACCGACAUCUACGAGUGGGGCUGGGGCCAGAGCUUCCACUUCUCCCCCUCCAUCCCCGGCCGCUCCCACCGCGACGCCACCCGCAUCCACGAGGAGCGCGUCGCCGACCUCAUCGGCGCCCGCCCUGGCCAGCGCGUCCUCGACGUCGGCUGCGGCGUCGGCGGGCCCAUGCGCGCCAUCGCCGCCCGCUCCGGCGCCGACGUCGUCGGCAUCACCAUCAACGAGUACCAGGUCGGCCGCGCCCGCGCCCACAACAAGAAGUCCGGCCUCGACGCCCUCUGCGAGGUCGUCUGCGGCAACUUCCUCCAGAUGCCCUUCCCGGACGCCUCCUUCGACGGCGCCUACUCCAUCGAGGCCACCUGCCACGCCCCGCGCCUCGAGGACGUAUACGCCGAGAUCCACCGCGUCCUCAAGCCGGGAUCCCUCUACGUCUCCUACGAGUGGGUCACCACCGCGCUCUACCGCGCCGACGACCCCGACCACGUCGACGCCAUCCACGGGAUCGAGCGGGGGGACGCCCUCCCGGGUCUCCGCGCCCACGACGAGAUCGCCGCCAUCGCGCGGAAGGUCGGCUUCGAGGUGCUCGACCAAAGGGACCUCGCCCGGCCCCCGGCGGGGCCGUGGUGGACGCGCCUCAAAAUGGGGCGGAUCGCCUACUGGCGGAACCACCUCCUCGUCUCGGCCCUCGCCUUCCUCCGGAUCGCGCCCAAGGGCGUCGUCGAGGUCCACGAGAUGCUCUACGAAACCGCCCGCCACCUCACCCGCGGCGGCGAGACCGGUAUCUUCACCCCUAUGCACAUGAUCCUCUGCCGCAAGCCUCCCCUCACCCCCAACGCGGAGGACGGGAACCCUCAAGAAUCUACUUCCUAAUCCCACUGCUUUCAUCCUUUCUGUGUUAUUUCUUUUCUUUCUUUCCUUUUUUUCUUUAUUUAUUUCGUUUUUGCUUUGCUUUCUGAGAUUUAUCUAUCUACCUAUCUUGUGAUCUUAGGAGAACUAGAACCAUUAAUGGUGAAGGAAUUGGAGUUUUUUCUUCUCUUUUUUUUUUA